AUGGGUAGAAAACUGAUGGAUUUUACUAAAAUAAAUCCUUUAGUAUACUACAGGUACAAGGCCAAUGAGAAUCUUGAGGAGUUUGUGGCUGAGGUUCAUAAGUUUAUAUGUCCUAUGGGUGUUAAUGAAGAGGAAAAGUCUAUGUUUUCUGCUUACCAACUCAAAGAUGUGUCUCAGGUGUGGUACAUGAACUGGAGAGAUGGACGAGAACUAGGAGAAGUUCCUAUUACUUGGGACGUUCUUAAUACAAAAUUCCUAGAGAGCAUGGAUGAGAUGAGCAGGCACAAGUUCAAGAAGGGGCAUAAGAACUCAAAUAAUCCAACUUCUUCUAAUAACAGUAAUUCCAAGGAGGGCAAUGGUAGAAAUUCUAAGCUUGAUUGUAAGUCAUGUGGUAAAUGUAGAGAUUUACAUGGAGAUGAGAUCCUAGUAGGUAAUAAUAGCUUCUAUCAGUGCGGCAAGAGUUGGCAUAUGAUGAGGGACUGCCCACACAUGAGGAAUCAAUGCAAGAUAGAUGCUCAUCAUUGGCCUAAUCCUACUGUUGCAGCCGAACCUCCUAAGAGGAACAAAUUCUAUGCAUUGAAUGGUAGAGUGGAGCAAGAGAAGUCAGAUGAUGUUGUCACUGGUACGUUGCAUGCAAUGAAUACGAGAAGGAACAAUUUUAGAAAGGACGAAGAGGAGAAUGUGAAUGAGGCGGUUCCCCCUCAAGUUCCUCAGAGUUGUCAAGCUCUUAUUGAAGAAGGGGUUAUGUCUAAUGUUGAUAUAAGGGUGGCUAAUAAUAUCUUUACUCUCAAGUGUUAG